UUUAUUCGAUGCUCAAACCCGAUGAACACUCAUAAACCCUAACUCAUUAUUCUUUCCCUGAGAUUACAUUACGUCCACUUCUUCACUUCGCUCUGUCAGGCAAUUUGUUGCUGUUGUUGGCGGAAUUCUGAAUUUCGAAGAUGCCGUCUCACAAGACCUUCAGAAUCAAGAAGAAGUUGGCUAAGAAGAUGAGACAGAACAGGCCUAUUCCUCACUGGAUACGGUUGAGGACUGACAACACCAUCAGGUACAAUGCCAAGCGAAGGCACUGGCGCCGCACGAAGCUCGGAUUCUGAGGUGUUUCUCUUGUGAUUUGCUCUUUAUCCUGUUUGGAAUCUUUUUUAACUGUUAUGUUAGUUGUUGAGAAGACAAAGGAUAUAGAGCUAGAGUUUUGAAUUUUUUCCUCUUAAUUUAAGAACUUAUUGAAGAGAAACUCACGAUAAUCUUUAGAUUUACUUCACUGUUCAAUUUAUAUCUCCAGUAAUUUCAAUUAUCAAGUUAAUUU